AUGACCGUCCCCGCGCAGGAUGAGGGCCUCACCCCGGACCAGCUCGCCUCCUUCCACCGCGACGGCUACCUCAUCAUCCCCGGCGCCCUCUCCCCGGAGACCGUCUCGGCCCUCCUCUCCGAGACCCACUCCCUGCUCGACAACUUCUCCCUCGCCGACCACCCCAUGACGCGCUUCUCCACCGGCGAAAAGGCGGACCACGUCGGCGACGACUACUUCCUCACCUCGGGCGACAAGAUUCGCUUCUUCUUCGAGGAGGACGCCUUCGACCCCGAGGGAAACCUCGCCAAACCGAAGGCCCGCGCCAUCAACAAGAUCGGCCACUACCUGCACGUGCUCUCCCCGCCCUUCGCCGCCGUCUCGGACCCCGAGUCCGGGGCGUCCGGGGCGCCCGUGAGGGGCCGGCCGUCCGCCGUGGCCCGCAGCCUGGGCUUCCGCGACCCGCGCUGCCUCCAGAGUAUGGUCAUCUGCAAGCAGCCCGAGAUCGGGGGCGCCGUGCCGCCGCACCAGGACUCGACCUUCCUGUACACGGACCCGCCGUCCGCCGUGGGCUUCUGGUACGCCCUCGAGGACGCCACGCUGGAGAACGGGUGUCUCAGCUUCCUGCCCGGGUCGCACCGCUGGGCGCCCGUGGCGAACCGCCUGGUGCGCAAGGCCGGGGACGCGGGCACGGAGAUGGUGCCGAACGAGGGCCCGCGGUUCCCGCCCGGCGACGAGUACGGCGGCGACGCGCGGGGCGAGAAGGACGGCGAGGACGCGUACGUGCCCGGCGAGGUCAAGGCCGGUGACCUGGUGCUGAUUCAUGGUAACUUGCUGCAUAAGAGCGAGAAGAACUUGAGUCAGAAGGGACGGAUUAUUUACACGUUUCACGUCAUCGAGGGAGAAGGCACGCAGUACGAUAAGAGGAACUGGUUGCAACCGCCCGAGGCUGGGUUCACCAGGUUAUAUGCUUCCUAA